CGAUGGGUCGGUCCCGGCUGGGGCUGUGGGCCCUGGUGGCCGCCCUGGCCACCCUGGAGGCCGGCAGAGUGACCGGUGACACCGACCCCCCCGAGCCCAUCUACCUGCCGGCUGCCCUGGAGCCCCUGGACGUCCCGGAAUACUUUCGGUUGCAGCAGACGGGCCACUACCCGCCGGCCAACGCCUCUCUGGACUCCCGCACGGAGACCUUCCUUUUCCUCCGGUCGCGUCCGGCAGCCUGGCCCCUCGUUCGAGCCUCCUACCCGCCUUUCACCGCCCAGCAGGAGGUUCCCGGCCGGACCCCGGAGUCCAACGGCUUCUCCGCCGCCUGGGAUGUGCGGGCUGUGUCUGUGGAGGCCUCGGUCUCCCCAGCCGAGCCCCAGGCCCGCGUCCUCUUCCACCUCAAGGGACAGGACUGGCUGUCGGGUCACGAUGGCCUGCCCUGCGCGCGGCUCCAUGCCACCCACCCUGCCGGGAGCGUCCACGGGGCCUGCCGCUUUCGGCCCCCGCUGGGCGCUUGUGUGGUAGAGCUGGAAGUCCCCUGGCGCUGGUUCUCGGCCGGGCCCCCGCUGAGGGCCGAGCUGGCCUACUCCCUGGAGCCGGCGGCGACGGCGGCGGAGGGACUCCAGGAAUGCGACCCCAUGGGCCGAGGGGACCCCACGGAGCGGCUCCGGCCCGUCGGCUGGGUGGAAAUCCAGCCGUCCGACCCCCCGCGCCAGCAAGAGGUGCCCCUGGACCCGACGGUGAGGCUGCGGGUGCCCGACACGGCCGUGAGGCCCGGCCAGGUCUUCGGAGCCACCCUGCUGCUGCGGCACAACUUCACGGCCAACAUGCUGACCCUCCGGAUCAAGGUGAAGAAGGGGCUGCAUGUGACGGCUGCCCACCCCGCCCACCCUGCCCUCUGGACCGCCAGGCUAGACCGGUUCAAGGGCUCCAAACACCAUACGGCCCUGGUCACCUGCCACCGCACAGAGCAUGGGCACACGGCUACCAGCCCGCUUGGCUUCUCGGAGUUCCUGCGGGUGGAUUUUGCCGUGGAGAACAGCACCGGGGGACUGGCUGUCACCCGCCCGGUCACCUGGCAGCUGGAGUACCCGGGCCAGGCCCCUGAGGCGGAGAAGGACAAGAUGGUGUGGGAGAUUCAGGUGUCCGACCGGGACAUUCGGGCUCUCGUGCCCUUGGCCAAGGAGGAAGAACUGGUCAACACGUCCCCCCUGACGGGGGUCCCCCGGCAUGUGCCCGUGCGUCUGGUCACCGUGGACAGGGGAGGGGCCGUGACCGAGGUCACGGAGCAGAUCGGCUGUGAGUCAGCCAACACGCAAGUCCUGCAGGUUUCUGAGCUGUGUGACGCGGUGUCGGUGGGAGGCAAGGAGAGCCGGGGCGCCCGCGGGGUGCGGGUGGACUUCUGGUGGCGCCGGCUGCGGGCCUCCCUGCGCCUGACGGUAUGGGCCCCGCUGCUGCCCCUGCGCAUCGAGCUGACCGACACCACCCUGGAGCAGGUGCGCGGCUGGAGAGUGCCCGCCCCGGCCGACGGUGAGGCCGCGGGGCCGGAGGAGGCCGGAGAGGAGCCAGGGGAGCGGCGGGCCCGGGGCUGCCGGCUCCAGUACCAGCGCGCAGGUGUCCGUUUCCUGGCCUCCUUCGUGGCUCACCCGCUGGACGGCAGCCACCACCUCACCUACCUCCUGGGCCCUGACUGGCUCCUCGACGUCUCCCACCUGGUGGGGCCCCACGCCCGCGUGCUGGACCCCCGAGUGGCCACGCUGGAGGCGGGCAGCAUCCUGGUGGGGCGGGAGCCUGGGGUGACGUCCGUGGAGGUGCGCUCCCCUCUGUCGGACUCCAUCCUGGGGGAGCAGGCCCUGGCGGUGACCGACGACAAGGUCUCCGUCUCGGAGCUGCGAGCUCAGCUGGUGACGGGCGUCUCGCUGGUACUCAUCCAGGGCUCGGCUCACCCUUGGGUGGUCACAGCCUCGUGCCGGGCACACAGGACCCUGCGUUCCCCCAAGCAGGAGGCCGUCCUCUCCAUCUGGCUGGCCUUCUCAGAUCACACCCUGGCCCCAGCAGAGCUGUACGAGGGGCGGGUCCUGACUCUCUCCGUCGCUUCAGAGGAGCCCGGCACAGUCUCCGCGUCCCCCGGUGAGGAGCCGGGGGCCCCGCUCCGGUUGCUGCUGUCCGGGGAGGACGGCCGGGGGUUCCCCAUUCAGGUGGGCCUCUACCCUCCCGAGUCCUGCCGCCGGGGAAAGCACCGCACCCCGUUGGCGUCGGGCACGGCCUGGGCUGGGGAUCCCCCGACGCCCUCGCGGCCGCCAGAGCUGGAGGAGGCACCCCCGGAGGACCGGGGGGCCUGGGGGGGCCCGGCCACAGAGAGCGGCCGCCCGGAGGAGAGGCGGCCGCCCCGGCCAGCCGGGGGUGGGGAGGACAGGGGCAAGUUUGGGCAGCCGGAGGAGGACUGGGAGGAAGAGGGAGCCGGAGGGGAGGAUGACGACGACGAAGAGGAGGAGGAGGAGGAAGAGGAGAUCGUCAGAGCCCCCAAGCGCAUGACGGACAUAGAGAUGGUCCUGUACGCCCUGCUGGGCAUCUUCUGCCUCGCCAUCUUCGUCUUCCUCAUCAACGGCGUCAUCUUCAUGCUCCGCUACCGACGCAAGGAGCCCCCCGACGCGCCCGGGCCCGGGGGCCUCGCCGCCCCGCAGCCCCACAACUGGGUCUGGCUGGGGACGGACCAGGAGGAGCUGAGCAGGCAGCUGGAUCGGUGGAUCCCCCGGGAAGAGCAGCCCCCCAGCCCGGCUCCCCCGACCCCCGCGGCCCCCGCUCCGGGGGCGGGCGGCUGCCACUGUGAGAGCGGAGACGGCUCCGACCCGCCCCCGGACCCCGCCGCCCCCUCCCCGCCGCCCCCCGCCUCCACCCUGUCCCGCAAGGAGCCGGGCGGGCGGCGGAAGCGAGUGGAGUUUGUGACGUUCACGGCCGGGCCGGCGGUCAGGCCCCUCGAGGAGCCCCCGCCCCCGGCCGUCCAGUCCAUCCUGGUGGCCGGCGAGGAGGACAUCCGCUGGGUGUGUGAGGACAUGGGGCUGAGGGACCCGGACGAGCUUCGGAGCUACAUGGAGAGGAUCCGGGGCAGCUCCUGACCUCUCCGCCACGUACCAGGCCCCUGUCGCCCUUUGCCCGCCGGUGCCCGGCUCCCAGGUGGACCGCGUGGAGGGAGGGGUGGGUGGGUAGGCAUCGGGCCCCCGUACCCCGUUCCCUCGGGGCCGCUCGUGUUGUAGCCGUCCAACGGGGUCCCCCGCUCCCCCCCACCCCACCCCAUUCCGGGCGUCGCGAGAGUAAGGCCCCAGCCCUGUUAUUUAUGGCAAACGUUUCGCUCUUCAGUUGUUGGGUACGGAAUAAACCGGAAA